AUGGAUUACACUGAAAAACUGUCAACAACCUAGAUGCUCAGUAAAAGGGAAACAACUAAGAAAAGUCUGUGUCGUUUUCAUGCGCUGGCAGGAAACAUAGAGCAGGCAGGGAAAGGAAAGGGACUCGAUGAACGCGCUGUACCAACAGGAGGCAGCACCCCUUUGCCCGAGAGGCGCAACGACAGAAACCUAAGGCUACCUGGGCCGGAGCGGGGUGAGGCCGCGGAGAACGCACCCCGCUAGGCGGCUGCCGAGACGGAGGCUGGCGUUUCGACCACUGCCCGACAAUGUGCUUACUCAGCUCCACCCACACUGGCCUGGACCCAGUCUCUAACGGCUAAAAAUAUUGCCCGAAGGCUCCCGAGCAGAAUCAGAUCGCGCUAAGUAGGGCACAACGCAGAGGCGACAGAGCUCCUCGGCCCCAGGGCCCGCGGAGCGGACACCGGAGCGCCGUCCCGCCCACGCUCGGCUCGGCAGUUAGCGUCUCCUCCCUCCUCCUCAGCAGGUGUAUGUGGAGGCCAGUAUGAAGCUGAAAAAGCAGGUGACAGUGUGUGGGGCUGCUAUCUUCUGUGUGGCAGUCUUCUCGCUCUACCUCAUGCUGGACCGAGUGCAGCAUGAUCCCACUCGACACCAGAAUGGUGGGAACUUCCCCCGGAGCCAAAUUUCUGUGCUGCAGAACCGCAUUGAGCAGCUGGAGCAGCUUUUGGAGGAGAACCAUGAGAUUAUCAGCCAUAUCAAGGACUCUGUGCUGGAGCUGACAGCCAAUGCAGAGGGCCCGCCCGCCAUGCUGCCCUACUACACGGUCAAUGGCUCCUGGGUGGUGCCCCCGGAGCCCCGGCCCAGCUUCUUCUCCAUCUCCCCCCAGGACUGCCAGUUUGCUUUGGGGGGCCGGGGCCAGAAGCCAGAGCUGCAGAUGCUCACUGUGUCGGAGGAGUUGCCGUUUGACAAUGUGGAUGGUGGCGUGUGGAGGCAAGGUUUCGACAUCUCCUAUGACCCGCACGACUGGGAUGCUGAAGACCUGCAGGUGUUUGUGGUGCCCCACUCUCACAAUGACCCAGGCUGGAUCAAGACCUUUGACAAGUACUACACAGAGCAGACCCAACACAUCCUCAAUAGCAUGGUGUCUAAGCUGCAGGAGGACCCCCGGCGGCGCUUCCUCUGGGCAGAGGUCUCCUUCUUCGCCAAGUGGUGGGACAACAUCAAUGCCCAAAAGAGAGCGGCAGUCCGAAGGCUGGUGGGAAACGGGCAGCUGGAGAUUGCGACAGGAGGCUGGGUGAUGCCAGAUGAGGCCAACUCCCACUACUUUGCAUUGAUUGACCAGCUCAUUGAAGGACACCAGUGGCUGGAGAGAAAUCUUGGUGCAACCCCCCGCUCUGGCUGGGCAGUGGACCCCUUUGGACACAGCUCCACCAUGCCUUACCUGCUGCGCCGUGCCAACCUCACCAGCAUGCUGAUUCAGAGAGUGCACUAUGCCAUCAAGAAGCACUUUGCUGCCACCCACAGCCUAGAGUUCAUGUGGAGGCAGACAUGGGACUCGGACUCCAGCACAGACAUCUUCUGUCACAUGAUGCCCUUCUACAGCUAUGACAUCCCCCAUACCUGUGGCCCGGAUCCCAAGAUCUGCUGCCAGUUUGAUUUCAAACGCCUGCCUGGAGGGCGCAUCAACUGCCCUUGGAAGGUGCCACCCCGGGCCAUUACAGAGGCCAAUGUGGCAGAGAGGGCAGCCCUGCUCCUGGACCAAUACCGGAAGAAGUCCCGCCUGUUCCGAAGCAACGUCCUCCUCGUGCCUCUUGGAGAUGACUUCCGAUACGACAAGCCCCAGGAGUGGGAUGCCCAGUUCUUCAACUACCAGCGGCUCUUUGACUUCUUCAACAGCAGGCCUAACCUCCAUGUACAGGCCCAGUUUGGCACUCUUUCUGACUAUUUUGAUGCCCUGUACAAGAGGACAGGGGUGGAGCCAGGGGCCCGGCCUCCAGGGUUUCCUGUGCUGAGCGGGGAUUUCUUCUCCUAUGCGGACCGGGAGGAUCAUUACUGGACAGGCUAUUACACUUCCCGGCCCUUCUACAAGAGCUUAGACCGAGUCCUGGAAGCCCACCUACGGGGGGCAGAGGUUCUGUACAGCCUGGCUGCAGCUCACUCCCGCCACUCUGGCCUGGCUGGCCGGUACCCGCUGUCUGACUUCACCCUCCUGACGGAAGCUCGGCGCACAUUGGGGCUCUUCCAGCAUCACGACGCCAUCACUGGCACUGCCAAGGAGGCCGUGGUGGUGGACUAUGGGGUCAGGCUUCUGCGCUCCCUUGUCAACCUGAAGCAGGUCAUCAUUCAUGCAGCUCACUAUCUGGUGCUGGGGGACAAGGAGACCUACCACUUUGACCCUGAGGCACCCUUCCUCCAAGUGGAUGACACUCGCUUAAGUCACGACGCCCUGCCAGAGCGCACGGUGAUCCAGCUGGAUUCCUCGCCCAGGUUUGUGGUGCUAUUCAACCCGCUGGAACAGGAGCGGUUCAGCAUGGUGUCCCUGCUGGUCAACUCGCCCCGUGUGCGUGUCCUUUCGGAGGAGGGUCAGCCCCUGGCCGUGCAGAUCAGCGCACACUGGAGCUCUGCCACCGAGGUGGUCCCUGAUGUCUACCAGGUGUCUGUGCCUGUCCGCCUGCCAGCCCUGGGCCUGGGCAUGCUGCAGCUACAGCUGGGCCUGGAUGGGCACCGCACGCUGCCCUCCUCUGUGCGUGUCUACCUGCACGGCCGGCAGCUGUCUGUCAGCAGGCACGAAGCGUUCCCUCUCCGCGUCAUUGACUCUGGCAGCAGUGACUUCGCCCUCAGCAACCGCUACAUGCAGGUCUGGUUCUCAGGCCUUACUGGGCUCCUCAAGAGCAUCCGAAGGGUGGAUGAGGAGCAGGAGCAGCAGGUGGACAUGGAAUUCCUAGUCUAUGGCACCCGUACGUCCAAAGACAAGAGUGGAGCCUACCUCUUCCUGCCCGAUGGCGAGGCCAAGCCCUAUGUCCCCAAGGAGCCCCCUGUGCUGCAUGUCACUGAAGGCCCUUUCUUCUCAGAGGUGGUUGCAUACUACGAGCAUGUUCACCAGGUGGUCCGGCUUUACAAUCUGCCAGGGGUGGAGGGGCUGUCUCUGGACAUAUCAUCCCUGGUGGACAUCCGGGACUACGUCAACAAGGAGCUGGCCCUGCGCAUCCAUACAGACAUCGACAGCCAGGGUAUCUUCUUCACAGACCUCAAUGGCUUUCAGGUGCAGCCCCGACGGUAUCUGAAGAAGCUCCCCCUCCAGGCCAACUUCUAUCCCAUGCCAGUCAUGGCCUAUAUCCAGGACGCACAUAAGCGCCUCACACUGCACACUGCCCAGGCCCUGGGUGUCUCUAGCCUCAAAGAUGGCCAGCUGGAGGUGAUCUUGGACCGGCGGCUAAUGCAGGAUGACAACAGGGGCCUAGGCCAAGGGCUCAAGGACAACAAGAGAACCUGCAACCGUUUCCGCCUCCUGCUAGAGCGGCGAACCGUGGGCAGCGAGCCUGACUUUUUCUCCAAACUGGCAGCCAUGUUUAGGGGCUUGAUCUUUCACAGCAGCAGGAGCGGUAACCGAGAGGUCCAAGAUAGCCACUCUACCAGCUACCCAUCCCUCCUCAGCCACCUGACCUCCAUGUACCUGAACACCCCGGCGCUCGCUCUGCCUGUAGCCAGGACGCAGCUCCCAGGCCCUGGUCUGCGCUCAUUUCAUCCGCUGGCUUCCUCACUGCCUUGUGACUUCCACCUGCUCAACCUACGUACGCUGCAGGCUGAGGAGGACACCCUGCCCUCAGUGGAGAUGGCACUCAUCUUACACCGCAAGGGUUUUGACUGCGGCCUGGAAGCCAAGAACUUGGGCUUCAAUUGCACCACAAGCCAAGGCAAGGUAGCCCUGGGGAGCCUUUUCCAUGGCCUGGACGUGGUAUUCCUUCAGCCAACCUCCUUGACAUUGCUGUACCCUCUGGCCUCCCCAUCCAACAGCACUGACGUCUAUUUGGAGCCCAUGGAGAUUGCUACCUUUCGCCUCCGCUUGGGUUAGGGCUUCUUGUGGCCUGAAGAGAAAAUUCAUUUACAGAGAUGGCCUCUUAACAUGAAGAUCGUUGGACAGGCCACAUGGGUAUCCCAUCCCAAUCUGCCUCCCAGAACUGUGACACACUGGGCUCUGCCCUCAUUUUCUGUUUAUUGCUGCUGCUGUGUUUUGGGGGCAACCCACAAACCCAGUGAUGGGUAAAUAGGGCAGAUGUCAGUGAGAUCAGGGAGAGAAGGCCCUUGGUCAGAGUGGGCAGUGCCAGGCUCUGCUUCGGGUUGUGAGUGGACACCCAACUGGGCACAGGCUCAGGCACCCAUCCUUUUUCCAAAAGGGGAUAUAGGAGAAGUGGAAGCAGACAGAAGACGUAAGGGAGGCUAAGUGGGUAACAGCCUGGCAUCAGGGUCACCGUGGGCAACAGCCAGCUCUAAGGGAAUCCUUUGGUUACGUAGAGACUCCAUGUCCUGGUGUGAUGAGCAGGAUCAGAGUGACUCUGGGUGGACAGGGAUGGGGACCCAGAGUUAGCAAUGGGGGUGGAGCAGUAGAAGGAAUCACUGUUUCUCCUAGGAGUCUGAUGGCCUCGCUGCUUUCUGUGAUGGCUUUGCUGUAAGUGCCGCCUGGCCUGCAUGCAUUGGCUAAGAGGCUGCAGAGUGGCAGGAAGGACUCGCUAGAGAUUGUCAUGGCCAGAGGUCAUAGGUCACUUCAGGUAGCAAGACCCCUGGCAAACUAGGCACUUGGCCUAUGUACUGAUUUGUGGGGUGGUGGCAGGGGCAUGGGGUCCUCCACCCUGCCUGAAUCCUCUUUGGCUUCUAUGCUCUGUACACUGCUGUCCCCAAGAGCUCGCUCUUAUUAUGGCAGGGGGUGGGGAUUGGUCCUGCUUUCUUUCUCUGGAAAGGAAAGCCUCCAAGACCCUAUGUGCUUGGGCAGCUUGAGAAGGCGUUCAGCAUCACGCCUAGCAGGCAGGCCUUAAAGCUUCACCUUUGGUCUAUCCUGCAGAGGUGUUCAGUUACUGGCACAGGGGACUAGGGGUAUGUAGAGUAUAUGAGGAGGCAGUAUGGCUGCGCAGGAGCCUUCAUUUCAGCUUCAAUUAAUAAAGAAAAUUUUAUGAUA